AUGAGAGACUCACAGGAAAACGCAGAGUCCCUGGACCAUCUCGCUGAGAGGGCUCGAGUGGGUGUAGCUUUGGUGAGAUUGGAGAGUCUGAAGUAUGAGCCGCCUACAGGCCGGCCAUCCAUUCCGCUUCAAUCCAGAAAGGUAGACUUCUGGCUCGACGAGUUCAGAGAUCGGGGAUGCUUUCCAAACGUUCAACGGAACCGUAUACGGGCCAAAAUAUCCCCAUCCGUUCUCGCCCAGGCGCUGGGUCUAUCUAGAGCAACCAUCGAAGAUUUGCAGGACACCGAGAACCUCCGACGCCUUGAGCUUCCUCAAGGCGCCGUGCUGACGCACACUCACGGCCAACACAGACUGGAAGCCGCAAGACAACAUAUUUAUCCUCACAAUGUGUGGUGGGCUGUUGAUCUCCUCAAUGAAGAUGAUUUGAAUCUUCAGUUCGACGUCGAGGAGCAGAACCGGAACAUCGAGUCCAUCCCUCACAACGAUGGGACCGUCUUCCGCUUUCUCGAGACCGAUGGGUCGUGGAGAAAGGGGUUCUGCUCGAAACGGGUGGAGGUCGACUUGAAGGCGAUUGAGAAACGGCCAGCCUUCAUGAAAAGGACGUGGAUGUUCAUCGUUAGCGGCGACCUAGAGCUCGCAGAGAAGAUAGACCCAACAACAGUAAAACUAAUUGAGGCAAGGGCCCCGAUGGUAUCAUUUGCAGAUAAAGAAGAUAUUGUGGGUGAAGGCGCUACCAGAACGCGGCUUCAACAGAACGUUCUGGCCGUCAACGGAAUGAUCACUUCCAUCAGGACUUUCUUGGCCGAUACGUUAUACCUUGAAGACAGUCACGUCGCCAUGAAAGUCCUCAUCGAUCCCACGAGAUGUCAAACCAGAGAGGCACUACGACAUAUGUGGCGCGGUUCUCCAAUGAACCGUGUAGUGCUGGAAUAUGCCGACGGAUGGACGGAGGCGCUUUGGAUGUUCUCGAUGCGCAACUAUCCCCGCCUCACGAAUCUCGUCCCGAAGACUGAUGGCAAACACAAGGUUUCCUGCAUUGGGCCAGACCUAGAAUGGCAGCGGGGGUUUGCCGCGAUUGCCAAAGCUUUCGGGUUUGAAUCAACGGCGAUUAAUCUUCUGCUUGAGGAGGACCCAGACCGCGUAAACGUUCGAGAUAUGCUCUCAAAAGCUAGACCACCAAAUAGAUUUGAAUACGACCUCCAAGCCGAAACCCAGUCACACUGCGAAUUACUUCAUCGAAUACAGGUGACGCGGCAGCAGCCGCGUCGAGGCGUGUCGCCACGGUGGACCACGGACGUCUCAAACGUAAAGAAGAAGCGGCGGUACGGGCGGCCAUAUGAAAGAGCACUCAAGGAGUGUAACCCUUGCUUCUUCUUCCACAACAUCUGCCAAGCACCUCCUAGUGGGAGGUACAUCACCGACUUGUUUGUCAAGCGCAGCAUCUUGCAAUUCUUCUUUCAAAUUCCAGCCCUUCCUGCUGACCUGUCGCUCUGGCGUGGUGUAGACCUAGAGACCACUGACAGACACAUCCAGCGUGCGCCGGAGCAGAACAAUGGCCUUGAUCAAGCUCGCGAACGCAUCCGCGCACUCCAGAACAGCGCAGCCCAAACUGCAGCCCAGAACGCAGCCCAGAAUGCAGUACAUGAGGCUGCGCAAGCUGCGAUUACGCUGCGGCUGGAGGAUGCCGAGAAGCGAUUGGCUGCACAACAGGAAGAGAAUGUGCACAAUAACGCAAGGCUGUCCGAGGCUCGAGAGAGUUCAGCGGGGCAACUCGCGCAAAUUCAAUAUUACCAGAACAGAAUUGAUGAACUUGAGACUGUAGAGAGAAAUCGCACGCGGGAAGAGUCGCGACAACAGUUGGAAUUGGCUGAGAAGCUUCGUCAGAGUCAGCAGACGAUAGAGGCUCUUGAAAGGACAAUUGCAGAUCACGAAUCUGCUCGCGGAAUGCAAGUCGUACUCGCAAAGCAGUACCAAGAUUAA